AUGCGGCUGUUGUAUCUCGGAUCAAUUGCCAUUUGGGCAGGCGCAACAGUUGCCAACCCUGUCAAAGCGGCUCCCAACAUCUUAAAGGCUAUGACUGCUGCCGCAAAAGUCAGUUGUAGUGAGCCCUGGGUUAACGACGCCAAUGCCACCCCGGAGACGCAAUGGAAAGAUUCUCAUGCCCAGGAUCUCUGGGAUGCCUUGGUAUACGACUAUGCAACAACGAAUAAUCACAAGAAGUAUCCAUCUUUUUCUCACUACGUUGCUGAAAUGUUGGGACAAGACGGCGGAACCUGGGACUGUGCCAAAAGCUCACAGGAUGGGACCAACGGGUGUAUUAAAUAUACAUCCGAUUGCUUCUAUGACCCAUACUACCAAGACAUGGUGAACGCUGACUCAGCGGCUGCGAGUUCAAUGGACGAAAUUGGUGAAGUGUUUGUCAAAUACAAAAAGCCUGCCAUGGAUGCGGCGGAGAUCCUUGGAUGGAUCGCCGAAUUUAUGUCCUUUGGUGUCGGCCAGUUUGCCGCCAAAGGUCUCGAGAAAGGAUUUGCUUCCAAAUUACCAAGUUAUGAAGAGGCAACAAGCGGCAAGGCAUCUGAAGUUGCCCAAGCGACGAAAAACAAAAUUAACGCAUUCAAGCAAAAUACAAACCAGAUGGCUUUUGAGCUCUCGUCUAUUGCCUCUGAAUACAUCGCCGAAGGCAAAAACCUGGUGGGGGGAGCCGAGAGUAUCAUUACAGAAUGCACAAAAUUUUCCGAGCUGGCGCACAACAUAACCCAAACAUGGUCCUCAAGUAUCAAUCAAUACACCGACAAGCUAUUCAGUGGCAAACUGACUGGUGAUGAUUCUCAGGGAAGUGGCAUCUCUGAAUUCACCACACUGACGAAUAUGGUGCGCGAUGGAAUGUACACUCGACGUGUUGACCCCGGAGAUGUCACUUCCCAUGCAGUGGAUGUGCUGUUCUCGCAGUUGAUUCCAAUUUCACUGCAUCAAGAUGAUGACUCGCGUCCAACGCUCAUUGAUCUCAAAACGGCCAAGACUGACACUCUUUUUAACGAGCUGUUCUAUUAUCCCGGUAGUAGCAAAUGGAAUGAGGCUAAAAUAACACUGAAGAAGUACCCUAAGCAGUGCUUUUUCUUCGUGGACGCCAAUAAAUCUGGCUCAGGUAUCGCAUCGGGACGUUUCUCCAGUCAUAUUCAACGCCUAACUGUUCUCCCUGGAAUGACGUCAACUGAGCUUAAUGGUCACCGCAUGGGUGACCUGACUGUGGAAGACUUUGCAUUAAGUAUUCACGAGCAGUGGCUCAGUGACAAAGAAAAGAAUAGUAACAAGAAGAGCUACAAAAUCACCAAGGAUGCAAAAGCAGGAAGUCCCGCGAACUUAUGGGAAAGCAAUGUUGCUGCACCGGGGAUGUACAAUGCGUACUUCAACGAGUGCGGUAGCACUGACCCGAAGGACAUUAAAGGAACCGACAAGCAAAUGGACAUCGUCUCGACCAACAUGAUGAAGGCGAAUGAUUGGAAAUUUGCCGACGCCUCGAAAGGAUUCCCGUGUAUACCUGUCAAAACCUACGAUUAA